AUGCUGAACAGCAUGAAUAAUCCUGUUCAUUCUCAACCACCUUACCCCCACCAAUCUUCGCAACUUCCUCUUCUCAAUAAUAUUACUGUGAAUGAUCAAUGUUCUUCCAAUGUACCAACUGUUCAUACAAAUUUUCAAAAUUAUUCUGCUCAACAAACGUUUGUACCCAAUUUUCAAUCUUCACAGUCUCAUCCUUGUUCUUCAAACCAGCUAUGUUUCACCAACAACACCAAUAAUAACAGCUUGAAUCAACAACCAAUAACAAAUUAUCCAUAUUUUACCCCCAUGUACCAGCAACAUCCAACACCAAUGUUCAACAAUCAACUUAAUCAUCAAUUAAUAACAGCAAAUUCUUACUCCACAUCCAACAACAACACGAUCCAUCAAUCUCAUAAUGUACAGGAUCAACAGUUAACUCAUCAACCACAACAUCAAAAUGUUGUGGCACCAAUGGAUUGUGAAAAUGAAGAUAACUUCACUACGGGCUCGUCGUAA